AGCAGAGCUGGGGCACGCCUGAGUAGGAGGGUGGAAAGGUGGGCAGGUACCCAGCAGCGGUGCCUCGCUGGGUCUCUGCAUCCUCCUGGAGCGGCAGCAGUGCAGGUGAACCCAGAGGCCACGUGACCCUCAGGCUGGCAGAAUGCAUGACUGGCACCAGAUCUUCGACCAAAACGUGGUGGUCCCUCCACACCCACAGCGCGCACGCCAGCCCUCGCGGGAGUCGACGGCGUUCCAGUGUGUCCUGAAGUGGCUCGAUGGGCCGCUGGCCCAGCAGGGAGUGCUGGAGGUGCUGUCAGAGGUGGGGUGCCAUCUUCGCGUGUCUCUCUUCGAUGUCACCUACCGACACUUCUUCGGGAGGACGUGGAAGAGCACAGCGAGGCCGGUGGACCCGCUCUCGAGGCAGCCGUCCAGGGUCGUCUUCCAUGAGCCCCUGUAUUUCCACACGUCGCUGAGCCACCCUCACAUCGUGGCGGUGGUGGAGGUGGUCGCCGGCGGCAGGAGACGGGACGGCGCCCUCCAGGCUCUGUCGUGUGGGUUCGGAAUUCUUCGGCUCUUCAGCAACAAGCCGGAGUCUCCCUGCUCUGCCUCCCAGGACAAGCGGCUGAGACUGUAUCACGGCACCCCCAGAGCCCUGCUGCACCCACUGAUGCAGGACCCCCUCGAACAAAACAAGCUCCUGACGGUCAUUGAGAGCUGCAGCCUGCAGUACACGCUGAGGCUGCACCCGGCCCUGGAGCCCGCCUUCCACCUCCUGCCCGAGAACCUGCUGGUGUCCGGCCUGCAGCCCGUGCCCGGCCUCCUUCCGGCUCCCGGGAACUCGGGUGAUGCCCUCCGAAAGCCUCGCCUGCAGAAGUCGGUCACGUGGUACUUGGAUGACGUGUUCUUCACGCUGUACCCUUCCCUUGAGAAAUUUGAGGAGGAGCUUCUGGAACUCCUUGUCAGCGACCACUUCCGGGAGCUCUGGAAACCAGGCUCUGGUUCUGAGAAGCCGCCUCCGCCUCCCCGAGAUGGUCCGUCACCCCGCGUUCGCCAUCGUCUUUCACCUGGAGUACGUGUUGAACAGCCCCGCGGGAGCAGACGGCCACGUAAGGUCCCCCGUGUCGGGUGGUUUCAGGGUGACCCUGAGGCGCCCUCCCUUCAGCUCCGGAACGUGGGGUGUGAAGCCCUCUGCACCACCACCCUCCCCUGGAACACGCCUCACAGUGUGGCGUACCUGCUUGGCCUGGGUGCGUUUGCAGGACUUUCCUCAUCAGAACCAGGCGAGCCAGACAAAUGUGCUUUUCUCUGGACGCUGACUCCUGAGUGCAGUGUCCUCGUGUGCAGACCGCUGGGCUGUACGCUGCACGCUGUACCGUUCUGGCCUCGCUGUGUGCCUAAGCUGGGGAGCCACAGCGGUCGGGAGCUAGAGCCUGUCUCCCAGGGCCGCGUGGCUGAGCCCGAGAGCCACAGCGGUCGGGAGCUAGAGCCUGUCUCCCAGGGCCGCGUGGCUGAGCCCGAGAGCCACAGUGGUCAGGAGCUAGAGCCUGUCUCCCAGGGCCGCGUGGCUGAGCCGGGGAGCCACAGUGGUCGGGAGCUAGAGCCUGUCUCCCAGGGCCGCGUGGCUGAGCCCGAGAGCCACAGCGGUCGGGAGCGAGAGCCUGUCUCCCAGGGCUGGGUGCCUAAGCCGGGGAGCCACAGUGGUCAGGAGCUAGAGCCUGUCUCCCAGGGCUGGGUGGCUGAGCCUGAGAGCCACAGUGGUCAGGAGCUAGAGCCUGUCUCCCAGGGCCGCGUGGCUGAGCCCGAGAGCCACAGCGGUCGGGAGCUAGAGCCUGUCUCCCAGGGCCGCGUGGCUGAGCCCGAGAGCCACAGUGGUCAGGAGCUAGAGCCUGUCUCCCAGGGCCGCGUGGCUGGAGAGAUGUCUGGGCUAAUCGCGUGUCCAGUGUGGACCAGUCUCCGCAGUCUGUGA